GUAGCUAUAAUUAGCCAAGUGGGGGCACUGCUGAGGUCUGCACACAGCAGUGUGACUGGGAUCUCGGGAACUCGAGUGAGGGCAAGCAGAAGCCUGCUGUCUCCUGCCCGGGAACUGAGCAGGGGUUGACCCUGGGCUGGAUGUUUACAGGUGCUUGCGGUUUUGUUGCCCUUGGUGAACCCUUUAAUCAACUCCGUAUAGCCCGCUAUUCCAACGUCAGUGUGUCGCUUGGGGUGGAGUGAGUGGCUGACAGCUGAACUGAAGACAGUUCUGCUUCUCCGAGUGCAGCUCGGGCAUCCUUCUCCCAUGCCUGCUCGCCUGCAGCUAUCUCACCAGCCUGAGCCGUGAAGAUGGCUCACCUUUCCUCAGACUUGGAGCACGUCUCCCUUUCUAUCCAGAAGGACAGUCUUGAACUCCCCUUGCCUGCCGGAAGGACCUCCUCCUGGUCUCCCUCUCCCGAUGAGGAUCCUGGUUUGCUUCCCUAUUCUCCGGUGGAGCAUGACCCCAGCACCUUGGUUUCAGAAAGCCUUCCUUUUCCAGCUUCAUCUGUGGAGAGAGGGAAGGAACGGGAUGGCAGCGAUGACUCAGCAGAGCCUGAGAUGCUGUGUAGCACGGAGCACCCCUGGCAGUUCUUCGCUGAAGCGCAGCGGCUGCGGGAGCAAGGGCUGCUUCUGGAUGAAGAGGUGUCAGUUGGGGGACAGGUCUACGGGGUACAUCGGGUGAUCUUGGCCGCAAUUAGCAGCCUCUUCCGAGGCAGGCUGCUGGGCGGCGGAGGUCAGCAGCCCGGCUUCAGCCUCCAGGUGACCCCGAGAGGCUGGGAGGCUGCGCUGACCUUUGCCUACGAGGGCGUGCUGGGCCCCGCCCCGCGGGACGAAGUGCUGGCUGCGGCCGAGGCGCUGGGAGCGCCCCGGGUGAAGAACGCGGCUCGGCUGAGGUCAGAAGGGCUUGGCAGAGCCGGGGACGAGGGAAAGGAACUCAGGCAGGCAGAGGAGCUGAGGGAGAACCUUCGCAGCAUCGAGCGUCUGUAUCGCGAGGGCGUCGGGUGCGACUUGGAGCUGGAGGCAGAGGGCUACCGCCUGCGGGUGCACCGAGUGGCCCUGGCCUGUGGCAGUGAGUUCUUUGGGGCCAUGCUCCUGAGUGGCAUGAGGGAGUCCCAGGGUUCAAAGGUAUCCCUGCGUACCAUCUCUUCUCAAGACCUGAGACUCCUUGUUUCUUUUGCCUACUCUGGAGUUGUACGAGAAAGAUGGCCAGGAUUGCUAAGGGCUGCCCAGGCUGCGCUGCAAUACCAAAGCUCUUCCUGCCUGGAUUUGUGUCAGCGAGCCUUGGCACAGAGCCUCUGCCCUGCCCUUUGCCUGACUUUGUUCCCCAUGGUUGAAGCCCCCGGCUUGGAGAAAGUCUGGGGGAAAGCCCACCGUUACCUCCUCACUCAUCUGCCCGCUGUGGCUUUGUGCCCUACCUUCCCAUCAUUACCGGUCACCUGCCUGGCUGAGCUCCUGGACAGUGACGAACUCCACGUACAGGAAGAGUUUGAGGCUUUCACAGCUGCACGGUGUUGGCUGGCUGCCAACCCUGAGACCCAGGAGUCAGACGCCAAGGCCCUGCUGCGAUGUGUCCGCUUUGGCCGCAUGUCUACCAGAGAGCUGCGAAAGGUGCGGGCGGCGGGGCUCCCCGCACCUCUGCCCCCGGAUCUGCUGUACCAGCUGAUGGUAGAAGCUGAAAUUCCGGGUCAAGAGAGAUGGAGGGAGCCUGACCACGCAUUGGUGGUGAUUGGUGGGGAUGGGCUUAGACCGGAAAUGGACCGAAGACAGCCAUCUUGCAAAGUGUGGUGGGCCCGGGCAUUUCACUGUGGCAUGGGUCUGGUACGAACUGUGGAGUGGUGCCGGCUCCCUAACCUGCCUGCCCCAGGGCGCUUUCGGCACGGAGCUGCGAGCCCAACAGGAAGUGAACUCUAUGUGUGUGGAGGACAGGAUUUCUACAGCCACACCAGCACUCUGGCUUCAACUCUCAGGUGGAGCCCCAGUCAAGAAGACUGGGAGGAGAUGGCACCUUUGUGCCAGGCUCGGAGCUUCUUCCCUCUGGUGGUAUUUGAUGGACAACUUUAUGCUCUGGGUGGACGAGACAAUGGUGUGGCCCUUAAUUCUGUUGAGACCUAUAACCCUGAACUCAAUGUCUGGAGGCCAGCACCUGCUCUUCCAGCACCAUGCUUUGCCCAUGCAGCUGCAACCCUCGAGGGCCGACUGUAUGUGAGCGGUGGCUGCAGUGGGACUGGCCAGUACUUGGACUCACUGAUGCACUAUGACCCCAAACUUGAGAAGCCGGGGACACUUUUGAGCCCAAUGGGAGUAGCCCGGGCUGGUCAUGUGAUGGCUGCUCUGGGUGGGAAGUUGUAUGUGGCAGGUGGAAUAGGCGACACCGGGGAUUUACUGAGCUUUGAGUCCUAUGAGCCAAAGGCUGAUUGCUGGACUCGCCUGGCGUCCUUGCCCUCCCCCCACGUGGGGGCUGCAGGUGCUGUGUUACAGGGGGAGCUACUGGUACUAGGGGGCUACAGUCACCUCACUUAUGCCAUCUCCCACCUAGUCCAUGCCUACUGCCCGGGUCUGGACCGCUGGCUCUGCCUGGGGACUCUGCCAAGGCCUCGGGCUGAGAUGCCUGCCUGCAUCUUGAAAUUACCCAGUGUGCAGCACAUAGCUUUGGUCCCUACUCAGCACCAAAACAAACCUGCUGGGUGACGCGGCAGGAUACGAGGGAAGAAGGGGUAAGACAUACCAUGACGGAAGGACAGAAAUUAUGGGAGGAUGAAAAGGUCUUACUUGCUUGUUUACUUUAUUGUUUGUUUUUUGAGACAGGGUUUCUUUGUGUAGGCUUGGCUGGCUUGGACUCGCUUUGUAGACUAGGCUGUCCUUGAACUCACAGAGAUUCUCCUGCCUUUGCCUCCCUGAGUGCUGGGAUUACAGGCAUGUGCUACCACACUCGACCCUUGUUUACUUUUAAACAUUAUUAUUAUUAGAAAGAUUCUUUCUGUUGUAGCUCUGGCUGGCCUCAAACUUACUAUGUAGCCUGGGCUGGUCUCAAACUCAAAGUGUCCUGAGUGCUAAGAUUGCAUGCACUACCCCACCUUGAUUGAGAGGCAUGAUGAUGAUGAUGAGGAUGAUGAUUAUGAUGAUUGACAGGGUCUCUUGUAUCCCAGGAUGGCUCCCUAUGUAGGCAAGGAUGACCCUGAGCUCUUGAUCCUUCCACCUCCAGCUUGAUAAGAGUUGGGAUCACAGACAUAUACUAUCACCCCUGAUUUGUGCUAGUGAGCAAAUUCAGGACUUUCUGCAUGCUAAGCAGAUACUCUGCCUACUUAACUAUACCCUUAACCCUAAAAGAAGGCUUUAUUUUUUGUUUGCUUGUUUUGUUUUAAUAUUUGUUUAUUUAAUGUGUGGAUGUUUUGCUUGCAUGUAUGUGAACACAUGUGUAUCCUGUGCCUGUAAGGACCAGAAGAGGGUGCCAGAUUCUCUGGAAAUGGAGUUAACAGGUGUUUGUGGUCAGCAGUGUAGGUGCUUGGAACUGAACUCUGGUCCUCUGGAAGAGCAAACCACUGAGCCAUCUCUCCAGCCCCUUAUUUUGUGAUUUGAGGCAGUCUCAUUGUGUAGUGCAGAUAAGAGCUUUAUUUUUGAUAGCAUUUUACUCCAUACUGGACCUUGAAGCUCAUAAACUCUCUUUGUGUAAAUGAUCUCAACUAAGAAAAAGGUGAUUCUGGUACUCAUGGGAAAUGGGCCUUGGGGAAAGGAUUGACAAGUAAUACUCAGGUAAGAGAGGCAACCGGGAAGAAGUCCACAAUAAUUAAAGAGGAUUUUUUUUUUUCAAGACAGAGUUUCUCUGUGUAGCCUUUGCUGUUCUGGACUCGCUUUUUAGAGCAGGCUGGCCUUGAAUUUACAGUGAUCUGCCUGCCUCUGCCUCCCAAGCACUGGGAUUAACAGCCAGCGCCACCACAUCAAGCCUUAAAGAGGAAUUUCUGAUAAAAGAAGUACAGUUAGUUGGGAGCUAAAAUUGGAGCUUGUUGGUAGAGUACCUACUUGAAAUGUGCAAGGUUUUGGUUCAAUAAUCUCCGGAAGAAAAAAAAAAUCAAACUUUUGUAGUCAGAAAGUAUAGGGACCAGAAAAACAUUGGGUCAAUUUGGAAAUGGAUGGAGGAAUGUGGAAGGAUUUAAAUAGUCCUCCCUUUCUUGGCACUUGUGCAUUUUACUCUCUCAUCUGCAGGUCACCUGCAUUCUUCUAACAACAUUCUUUCUCGGGUAGUUUUGUAGGCCCACCUUUGCUUCCUAGGCUCCCUGUAGAAUCUUCUGGUUUCUACCUGAGGCAGAACUCCCCAUUAGUUCUGGACAUGGUGGUGUACACUGGGAAUCCUGGCACUUGAGAGAUGGAAGCAGGACGACCGGGACUUGAUACUGUUUCAAGAAAACCAAACCAAACCCAAGAAAACAGACAAAAACACCAGAAAGAAGAUUCUCCCAUCAACAUUUGCACAGCACAGGGACUUGAAGCCAGGCAGGUCUACCAGGCUCAGAUGGGCAUAUUCAGGGGGUAGCAGAGGAGAAAGACAGGCCAACGAGAAAGUAUCCAUGGUAGAAAAUGGAGAGUAUGAGGUUGAAAAGAUGGGAGGAAUCAACUCAAAUGUCUUUUCUUCCCUUAAGAUGAAUUCAGAAAUCAGGACUAGAAAAGGGACAAUUGUGUUUGGUCCCAUGGGAUUAAGAGGAUGGAAGAACAUGGCUGAGGAAAAGUGCAAAAUAAAAGAAAGCAGUUGGAAAAGAAGUUUCUUCUAGGCAGUCUCUUCCCUUUUGAAUUAUUUUGAACCUGUUUUCCCCUACUUUUUGUUUAGGUUUUUGUUUGUUUUGUAGUUGUUUUAGACACGGUCUUAUGUAGCCUAGGCUACCCUGGAACUCAUUGUUUAGCUGAGGAUGACCUUGAACUUCUGAUCCUCCUGCUUCCAACACCAGAGUGCUGGGACUACAGGUGUAGACCACCAUGUUGAGCAAUGUGUCUUUGUUUAAGGUAGGCAAGGAAUAUAGUUGAAAAUGAAAAAGGUUACAUAGAAUAUAUAAAAGAAAAAGAAGACUGAAGAAGGAAAGAAAGAAAAUUUGGGAGAUGAACAUUUUUUUUCCUUGAAACCGUUGCAAGAAAAAAUAGGAAUUUCUGAUGAAAGAUUUGUUCAUAAAGAUGGGCUUAAAUAAACAUUUCGUAUGGACAAAAUUAUUCUUGUCUGAAUGUCCCUGCUAUAAACAGCAUUGGAAGUAAAAGUCCCUGUAAUUUGGCUUCUAUAUCAUGAUUCUCUGAAACCACCCUCCAUUCAUCGUUACCAUGAUCUUCUCACCGAGGAGCAAUCCUUGGGCACCCUUGUUUCCCCUCAUCUUUCUUCAGAGUCUGACUGAUUGAAACUGAAUCUCCUUCUAAAACUGUCUCUUCUCCUGGCUCCAGAGGCAGCAUAACCUCCUAGGUUAGCCUUCCAGCCUUCUCUAAUCAAUCCAAAGGCAGAGAUCCUCCCCAAGGAGUGUGCUUUGUCUCUGGUGAAGCUGCCAGCAAGGGCUGAAAACUAUGCUUUAGGUUUGAGCAUUGACAAUGGCUGACCUAGACUGAAAAACUUAACUAACCCACAAAAUUAUUCUCUGACAGCCACACAUAUGCCACAGUACAUACAGCC